AACAUCGACGGGUUGUUUUGCAUCCUAAAAAAAAUAAUAAAUAUUAAAAUAACAAUAUUGCAGUGAAAAAAGUGACGCAAAAUAUCGAAAAAAAUUAAAAUAAAGAAGAAAAUUAAUUAAAAUAAAUUAGAAAAAUAAAAAAAAUUGCGAAAAACACAAAUAGAAGUGGAGAACAAAUUCUUGUUUUCAAGUCGUGGUGCUGCAAAACAGAAAAAUAAUCAGCUAUAUCAUUUUAAAAUACUAAGCAAAAUGGGCGACACAGGCCCAUCUACUGACACAAUGGAUUACUCUGCAUGGGAAACAGUUAUUCCCGCCGUUUUGGGUCUCACAGCUGCAGCAAUUCUCGCAGUUUCGGCAUGUUUUUGCGCACGUCGCUUGCGAAGACAGAACAAAAAGAUGAAUCACGAAGCGGCGUUUCCCUUCCAAGCACCGCGCCCUCCCAAAGCAGUUCGUAGCCCGAGUGGACAACCGCCGCAAUACCUGAAGAAAAAUUCGCCAUCGCCCACGACAAUUAAAUUGCCGCCCGGUCAUUUGUCGCCGCCCGAACAGCAGAUCCAAACGAUGCAAAAUACCAUCAAGUACAGCGAGGAGCACGAAACGAUACCGAAACACGUGAUAAAUGGCACGAGCAGCGAGCCCGAUACACUUGACGAAAUGACGUGCAACAACGAGGACACGGGAAAAUUGGGAACAAUUGUGUUCAAGUUGCGUUACUUGACGGAGCGGAAUGCAAUUACGGUUUCUGUGGUGCGUUGUCGGGGAUUGCAAAAGCAACCGAAUCCGGAUCGUAAUGGCGUUGAAGGUUCGAAUGGCAAAACACAAGGAGCAUUGGAUCCGUAUGUCAAGCUGCAACUUUUGCCGGAGAAGCAACACAAAGUGAAAACUCGUGUGGUUCGCAACACAAAAAAUCCGAUUUACGACGAAGACUUUACCUUCUACGGACUUUCGCUUGACGAGUUAUCGUGCAUGUCUUUGCACUUUGUGGUCCUCAGUUUCGACAGAUAUUCGAGAGACGAUGUCAUUGGCGAAGUGGUUUGUCCCCUGUCAUCUAUCGAUCUUCAUCAAAUUGAGAACCAACAAGUUGCGUUGAGUCGUGAAAUACAACCGCGAAGCUUAAAGAUAAAAGCCCAAGGACGCGGUGAAUUACUGAUUAGCUUGUGUUGGCAACCGGCAGCAGCGAGAUUGACCGUUGUUUUGUUAAAGGCACGAAAUUUACCUAGAAUGGACAUUACAAAUUUGGCUGACCCGUAUGUGAAAAUCUAUCUCUUGUACAACGGACAACGCAUUGCAAAGAAAAAGACUCAUGUGAAGAAACGAACACUUAGUCCGGUGUUUAAUGAGAGUUUUGCUUUUGAUAUUCCCACAACAGAGGGUGCCGGAGCAACUCUUGAUGGUGUCUCGCUCGAACUGAUGCUCUUGGAUUGGGAUCGCGUAACCAAAAAUGAAGUUAUCGGACGAUUAGAACUCGGACCAAAAGGCACAGGCUCCGCUUUGAAUCACUGGAAGGAAGUUUGCAAUUCGCCCCGUCGUCAAAUCGCCGACUGGCACAAGUUACGCGAGUAAAAAGGUACAAAAAAGGAUGAAAAAUUAAAGCAGGAAAGUUAAGUAGUGAGAAAAUUUAUGAAAAAGUAGUUGAAACUGAUGCAAUGAAUAUACGAGACACACGAUGAUGUUGAUGUAUGAUGUAGAAAAGAGAUUAUAAUAUUAAGGUCGUUUAAGUUGCUUCAUUGUUACACACUGAAAAAUGAUGAAAAUUAUUAAAUUACAUGCAAAUAUUGUUUAAGAACUCUUGCUUGUAGGUACAGUGUGUUACUAUAUUUUUAUUUUUUUUAAACUUUAACAAGGUUUCCAAUUACAAAAAAUAUUUUCUACUUUUUUUUUUAUAAAAAAUUUUCUAUUUCAAUUACCUAGCCUUAGAAAAUCCCUUUAGAAUGCUAUUGAAACACACUGUACUACGACCAAACCCCCAAUAUAUAUAUUUGUAGUAAAUUCUAUAUAAUGUAGUUGUAUAAUAGAGAAACAUAACCAACAUAUAUGCAUAUUAAACGUUAAAGUGUACAAGAGACAAUUUGCGAAAAUAAGGAAAAUUUAUUAAGAAACUAAGAGAUUUUCCUUCAAGCAAAAAAUGCAAUUAAGCUUGGCAUGAAAGAUGGUUGCAAUUUUGUAUCAUAAACAUGAGAAAAGAGUUGAAAGAGAAAGUUUUUCUUUUAUAAAAGUUGUUAAGGCUUGAAUUACGAAAAAAACAGAAAGAACUAUUAUAUUAUAUUAUAAAAAAGAAUAAAAAAAAGUUUAAACAAAAAUUGCGGGAAAAGGAAGAUUAAGUUAUAAUAACAAGAUAAGAGCUUGAUAAAAAAAAUCUUUUUUUAAAAAAAACACAUUUGUCGAUUACCGCUUUUGUAGAGAUUUGUCAAGUUUGAUACACAUACACACCAGCCAUAAUAACAAUAUUUAUACUAAAAAUUAAUAAUGUUGCUCAUCUCACACCAUAAAUAAUAAAAAAUAAUAUCAACUAUUUCAAAAAUAUCAAUUAAAAAUAAAAGAAAUAUUUAUAAAAAGACAUAAAUGUGACAAAAAAUAAUCUCUACCCACUAUUACAUACAUUACAAAAAUAUAUAUAAACCAUAAUAAUUAAUUCAUCAUAUAUAUUAAAAAUUUUUAAUUAAAAAAAUAAAAAUAUAUUAAAAGGUAGGAACAGUAGAAGUUAAGCUGUAUAUGUAAAGGUGCUGUUAAACGCAUUUCCCGCCUGUAGAAAUUGUACUCACCCGUUAAUGGAUUUUUUUUAAAAAUUAUUUUUAAAACUAUUUUAUAUUUUUUAAUUAAAAAAUUCCUUGAAUUAUAGAAUUUUUAAUUAACAUAAAAAAUAUUUUAUUAAUUAAAAAUUAAUUUUUAUACAAAUUUUUUAAGUUUUUAUUAAAAAAAAAGUUUUAAUGCAGAUUUCAAAGCAUAAGUGAAACAAUAGUAGGAAUAUUGACUCGCACAACAGAAGUAAAAAAAACAUACGUAUAUAUUGAUUGUUGUAUUAAAGAAAUAAAAAAUUAAUACUUACUUACUCAAUUCGUCUUACAAAGAUGAUGAUAUUAUUAUACUUAUUUUAAAACUAUAUAAAUACUUUAUAAAAACAAGUAUUUAUAUUAUUAACAAAAAAGAAUCAAAUUAGACUUAUAGUUGAAAAAUAUUACCUAAUAUUUAUAAAAAAAUACACAAAAUAAAAUUUUGUGGUGCUUUGAAAAUCUUUUAAUUUAAUAAGAAAAAAA